AUGACAGACUCGAGAUAUCAGCCCAAUCCACUGCGGCCUUACUAUGUGCCGCCUACCAUCGGCAGAGAGACAACAGUCAUACCAAAUGCAACCACUACACCACCAGGUGCAGGCACAUCACCUACCUUCUCCUUUCCUGAUCUCGACUAUUCAGAAUAUAUCCCAGAGGCAUCUCCAUCAGUGACAAGACAAGCCAAGAAGCUCCUUGACAAAGCAGUAUGGAAGUACACGAGCGUGGUGAUGGCACAGCCUUUCGAAGUUGCCAAACUCAUUCUGCAAACAAGAGUCGCUCAGGAUACUGAUGCAGAUGAUGCCUUUCACGAUCGCAGAGAUCCAGCUACACAUCCACAAGAUUACCUGGAUGACGAAGAGGAGGACGAUGAGCCAAACUACUUCAGCUCUUCCGCACCAUUUGAGGAGACUGACGACUAUCCACCGACUCGUGGGAGAAGAGGCAGACCGCAAAAAGUAGAACACCAGAGACCACAACAAUCGCCUGAGAGAUUAUCACUGAAAACCCCACAUUCAUUGCUGGACGCCCUCUCGGCGCUAUCCUCCAACAGUGGCGCGUUAGCUAUAUGGCGCGGUACAAACUCGACCUUCCUCUACUCCGUCCUCCUUCGAACGUUCGAAACCUUCUUUCGCAGUUUUCUAGCUGCAGCUUUUGGUGUUGCCGAUAUUGAAUCGGUCUUGAACACUUCAACUACCAUUUCUGACAAUAAUAUUCUCAGUUCCACCUCCCCACUCGUGACUGUCAUGAUUGCAACCACGGCCACUGCUAUCUCUGCCCUCCUACUCGCGCCUAUCGACGCCGCACGAACACGACUGAUCCUUACUCCCUCCUCGCAAGAGCCACGAUCUCUAAUAGCCACAAUUCGAACUCUGAGGCCCUCUUGGCUAUGUCCUACGCACCUGAUACCCAUCACUUUCCUAACCAGCACAGUCCCGGCCUUUAUCGCUGCCUCGACACCUCUUGUCCUCAAAACCUACCUAGGGAUCGACCCUGCCAUGAACCCCACUCCUUGGUCUAUAUGCACGUUUGUUGGUUCAGCAAUUGACCUGUCGAUCAAGUUUCCUCUAGAAACUGUUCUAAGAAGAGCCCAGAUUGCUACUUGGACAAGCCCAGCUCUAGCACCACCAACAAGUCAAAGUAAAAGGAAAGCCAUCAAAACAAUCGUACCUGUGCCACAAACUUAUCGUGGCAUCCUUCCCACUAUGUGGGGUAUUAUGCGUGAUGAAGGUUAUUCCGAAUCACAAGCUGAUCGCACAGCCGCCCUCAUGGGCAAGGCCCCAAGACGAAAGAGAAAAGGACAAGGUAUCGAAGGUCUAUAUCGUGGCUGGCGAGUCGGCUUGUGGGGGUUGGUUGGUAUAUGGGGAACCAGCUUUGUCGGUGGUCUACAGUCAGGCACUGAAGCUGCCUCUGCUGGAACUGGAUUGCAUGGCGGCAAAUUCUAA